AUGAAUGUAGAUGAAGUUGGUGGUGAGGCCCUGGGCAGGCUACUGGUGGUCUACCCAUGGACCCAGAGGUUCUUUGAUGCCUUUGGGGACCUGUCCUCUGCAUCUGCUGUUAUGGGCAAUGCUAAAGUGAAGGCGCAUGGCAAGAAGGUGAUUGAUUCCUUUAGUAAUGGCCUGAAACACCUCGACAACCACAAGGGCACCUUUGCAAGUCUCAGUGAGCUGCACUGUGACAAGCUGCAUGUGGAUCCUGAGAACUUCAAGCUCCUAGGCAAUGUGAUUGUGGUUGUGAUGGCCCAUCACUGGGCAAGGAAUUCACCCCGCAGGUUCAGGCUGCUUUUCAGAAAGUAG